UGUGUAGAAAGUUGACAAGUUUGACAUUUGACGUGAAAUACCUAAUUUCUUUUUCCAAUAAAAAUCCAGUACAACAGUUGACAACAUGAGUCAAUUAUAAAUUUACAAUACACUCAACAUCACUUUUAAAAGCACCAUCAGUUACCACUAAAUUAUUUGUUAUGAAAUUAUAAAUUAGAUCAACAAUGGAUACAAGCGCAGAACAACAGAACCCGGAGACUUCUGAAAAUAAGGAUAUUCCCGUUGAAAAUAAGGAAUCGACCAGGUAUUGCUGGGUUUGUUUUGCAACCGAUGAGGAGGACACAGAAGCAGCUUGGGUCAGACCAUGCAAAUGUCGUGGUACAACAAAAUGGGUGCAUCAGUCAUGCCUUCAGCGAUGGGUAGAUGAAAAACAAAAAGGUGGUAACUUAGGAAAAGUUACCUGUCCUCAGUGUCAAACGGAAUAUAUAAUAGUUUUUCCAAAUAUGGGUAUACUGGUUCUUCUGUUAGAUACAGUCGAUAGUUUUAUAUAUAAAGGAUGCCCUUUUUUGGCAGCUGGCAUUGUGGUAGGCGCAAUUUACUGGUGUGCCGUUACAUAUGGAGCUAUUACUGUAAUGCAGGUUGUAGGACAAAAGGAGGGUUUAUCUGUAAUGGAACAAGCAGAUCCCUUGGUCCUGCUUAUUGGUUUGCCUGCUAUUCCAGUUGCUCUGGUCUUAGGAAAAAUGAUUAGAUGGGAAGACGCAGUGUUAAAUUUCAUGAGGAGAAAUCUGGUGAAGAUUCCAGUUAUUAGAAAUUUUAUGCCUUUCAGAAUUGAAGUAUCGGCAAAUACGAGCGAAUCAACGAAUGAGAAUGACCUUCCUCCACUCUCAAAUCCUGUGUCGGCCACGAGAGUACUAUGUGGAGCUCUGCUGAUGCCCACCAUCGCAAAUAUGUUUGGAAAAUUCUUCUUUGAUUCCGUAAAAUCGAAUUUUCAUAAAACUAUUUUAGGAGGUUUAACCUUCAUAGCAGUUAAAGGAUGCUUGAGAAUAUACCACAAGCAACAGCAGUAUAUUAGACAGUGUCAGCGAAAAAUUUUGGACUACACAGAAUCAAAUAUAUCCACAUAUUUGCGUAAUAACAGACCGAGUCAAUAAAAAUUUCUGAAUAAUUUGUAUAGAUCUUAUUAAAUACUUAAUAAACUUUAUGCCUAAACAUUUACUCUCAAAGUGUGGUUAUUUAAUUUAUUUCUGAUUAUUUGUAUAGGUAUAUUAGUUUUACAAUUUUGGACGAUUGUUAUUAACUUUAGUUAACAAUUAUCUUGUUAUUAAUAUUUUUACAAUAAAAUGUUUAAAUACAUUUUAA